CAUUUAAAGUUGCUUCCAGCGGAGGACGGACCUUCGCCGACAGCUCGCACUUCUACAGCCGCAGUCGGGUCACGGGCGCAUGGCCAUGGCCUCCAUCGUCUGCCGGGUCCAGUACUUGGAGGACUCGGAUCCGUUUAUCUGCACAAACUUCCCCGAACCUCGGAGACCUCCGACGGUGAACCUGGAAGAGAACCUGCAGCUCAGCGAGCAGAUCGCCGGGAUCCACAAGCUGCUGGAGCCGCCGCUGAAGCUGGAAGACUGCACCCUCCAGCUGUCUCCCAGUGGAAACUAUCUGGACCUGGACUCUUCUCUGGCUGAGCAGCGAGACGAGCUGGAGAGCUUCUAUGAAGAUGUGGCGAAAGGAAGGAAGCCCAUCCUGAUUCUGAGGACUCAGCUCUCUGUUCGUGUUCACUCCAUCCUGGAGAAACUUUACAACUCCCAGGGUCCAGAACUCCGGCGGUCCCUCUUCUCUCUCAAACAGCUCUUCCAGGAUGAUAAAGACCUGGUUCCAGAGUUCGUGGCCUCUGACGGGCUGACGUGUUUCAUUAAAGUCGGGGCGGAGGCCGACCACAACUACCAGAACUACAUCCUGAGAGCUCUCAGUCAGAUCAUGCUGUUUGUGGACGGCAUGAACGGAGUGAUCAACCACAACGAGACGGUGCAGUGGCUGUACACGCUGACGGGAAGUUCGUCUCGCCUGGUGGUGAAAACUGCCCUGAAGCUGCUCAUCGUCUUCGUGGAGUACUCAGAGUCCAACAGUCCUCUGCUCAUCAGAGCCGUCAACACCGUGGCUGGACAGAGAGCUGUGAAGCCAUGGAGUUAUAUGAUGGAGGUCCUGGAGGAGAGGAACGGCGCCGACACGGAGCUGCUCGUGUUUGCCAUGACACUCAUCAACAAGACUCUGGUGGCGCUCCCGGACCAGGACUCGUUCUACGAUGUGACGGACAAGCUGGAGCUGCUGGGGAUGGAGGCCGUCAUCCGCAAACACAUGAACAACAAGGGGACGGAGCCAGACCUGCGGACGCAGUUCACCAUAUACGAGGUAACGACGAGAAACGGGGAUUUAAAUACAUUUCCAUUUUUGAGGAACACGUGCUGCCUCCAAACAGACGUCUUUUUCAGUGAAAGUCUCGGUGAAAGCGCCCUGCCAGCAGGUCCUGAGUGCUACAGCUGCCCUGCUGUGGAUGACUCCUCCCCCCUCCUACGUAAAGAGAGACGAAAGUUGGCGACCGGCGAGCAGGACGGGUCGAGGGGCCGCCGCCACUUGUCCAGUCAGAAUCUUCUCAACGCCCGCACCUCGCCCACGCCCUCAUCUCCCUCCACCACCCCAACCACUCCUACCCUCUUCUUGUCAUCUUCUGUCAACUCCUCAGUGUCACCAGCCGCCUCCCCCGCUGCGUCUCCCACAGUCUCCCCCGCUGCGUCUCCCACAGUCUCCCCCGCUGCGUCUCCCACCGUCUCCCCAGUCAUCUCCUCCCCGAGCCCCACGGCAGGUCUCGGCAGCAGGGCCUCGUCCCCGCUGGCCUCCGAGCACAGCAGCUCCUCCUCCAGUCCGUCCGGAUCCCGGAGAGAAUCUCCGCUGCCGUCCCCCAACGGCACCAUGGACACGGAGCAGGGAACAAAAACGCCGCCAAGCCCGAGUCGCUCUUUCCUCAGCCACCACAUGUCGUCUCUGGGUCUAAGCAGGAAGUCCAGGUUCUUCUCCAAAACCAGCUCCAUCUCUGAGGAGCAUCGGGCCGACUGCAGUCCAUCCUCGCCAGAUCUCUCUCUGCGCCAGAAUUCCCAGUCGAAUCUGCAGCAGCUCGACAACAAGACGGAGCCCAAAACUAAAGCGAAAGACGCCUUCCUGCGCAUCCUGGCUGCCCAACAGUGGCAGAGGAAGCGAAAGACUAAAGACUUGAGCGAGAUUAAGUUGCCCUCACUUGAUGAUGCCGUAACGUCAACUUUGGAGGGGACAGCGGACGAGGGCGCAGCCGAAGUGCCGUCACGUCACGACUCAACAUCAAGCAGUUUGGAAACAAACGGACAUUCAGACUCCCAGGAUGACCCAGCACCGCUUGUGCAGCGACAGGGCAGCACGUUAUCCAACGACACAAAGUUCAUGCUCGACAUGCUCUACUCAAAGACGGGACCCAUGAGCCCCUCUGCAGCUGCAGACACCAAUGAAGAAGAGAGGAGCUUCGUGCCUGCAGGUGACGAUGUGGCUGCUCGGGGUCGUGUGACUGAGCGUCUGUCCAGCUUCAAAGCGCGCUCGGCAGAGUCCUCCACCUCCAACGAGAGCAGCGCCUCCCGCAGGGCAGAGCUGGAGAGUCUGGAAGGCUCAACGCAGGCGGCACGAGCCCGACUGGCUGAAGAACAGAAGCGUUACAUCCGGCACCAGAGCAGCAUCGACACCGAGGCGCACACCGGCAGUCUGGACACCACCCAGAUGACCCCGCUAGGCCCCGGCAGCUCCAACGACGCCUGGGACCAGCUGCAGCCGAGCGCCGCCGCCCUACGCAUCAAGGACUUGGACUUUUCUGACCUGCUGGACGAGGAGGACAUCGACGUCCUGGACAUAGACACCUUCGACAGCUCCGCUUCAUCCUUCACCCUCUCUGGAAUCCCUCCCCCUCCUCCUCCCCCUCCUGGCAUGCCGGGGGCUCCUCCCCCUCCUCCUCCACCUCCUCUACCGGCAGGUGUCCCCCCUCCUCCUCUUCUUGAGGCCUCUCAGAAGAAGAAGAAGACGGUGAAGCUGUUCUGGAAGGAGCUGAAGCAGGCAGACGGACCGAAGAAGUGUCGCUUCGGUCGGGGGACGGUGUGGGCGUCUCUGGAUAAGGUGGCAGUGGACACCGCCCGCCUCGAGCAUCUGUUUGAGUCCAAAGGCAAGGAGCUCCCUGUAACCAAGAAAGGACCGGAGACCAAGAAGACUGAGAUUCUGGUUCUGGACUCAAAGAGGAGUAACGCCAUCAACAUCGGUAUGACCGUCCUGCCAGCGAUCCACGUCAUCAAGUCGGCCAUUCUCAGCUUCGACGAGUUCGCCAUUAGCAAAGAGGGCAUCGAGAAGAUCCUGACCAUGACCCCCACAGAGGAGGAGAAGCAGAAGAUCCAGGAGGCUCAGCUCGCCAAUCCUGACCUCCCUCUGGGCACAGCAGAGCAGUUCCUGCUCACCCUGGCCUCCAUCAAUGGCCUGACCCCCCGCCUUCAGCUCUGGGCCUUCAAACUGAACUACGAGGCUCUGGAGAAGGAGAUAGCCGAACCGCUGUUUGACCUGAAGCUCGGCAUGGAGCAGCUCGCCUCCAAUCAGACCUUCAGGAGAAUCCUGGCGACGCUGCUCGCCAUCGGAAACUUCCUCAACAGCUCCAACGCUAAAGGCUUUGAGCUGAGUUACCUGGAGAAAGUGGUGGAGGUGAAGGACACGGUUCACCGUCAGUCUCUGCUUCAUCACACCUGUAACCUGGUGGUGGAAAAUUACCCAGAAUCCUCUGACGUCUACUCUGAGAUCCCCGCCAUCACCCGCUCGGCCAAAGUGGACUUUGAGCUGCUGUCAGAGAACCUGGUCCAGCUUGAGAGACGCUGCAAAGCAUCAUGGGACAACCUGAAGGUGGUGGCCAAACAUGAAACCAAAGCGGCGCUGAAGAACAAACUAACGGACUUCCUGAAGGACUGCACGCAGAGGAUCAUCAUCCUGAAGGUCGUCCACAGGAGAGUCAUCAACAGGUUCCACUCCUUCCUGCUGUUCCUGGGUCAGCCGUCGUCUUCGGUCAGAGACGUCAAGGUGACAAAUUUCUGUCGGAUCAUCAGCGAGUUCGCUCUGGAAUAUCGCACCACCAGAGAGCGAGUGCUCACCAUCAAACGGAAACGCGCAGUUCACCGAGAGCGCACCAAGACGCGAGGAAAGAUGAUCACCGAGACGGAGAAGUUUUCAGGGGCGGUGUCACGUCCGGACAGCCCGUCCCCUGUUUCUAUGGCAGCGGAGGCAGACCAAGAUCAGGAGGAGGAGCAUAAGAACAUGAAGAACCUGCUGAUCAGUCGCAGCAGCACCCUGAACUGUGAUCAGAGAGGCCUGAGGCGCUCCCGAGCCGUCCGCAGUCUCGGCAGGGUGGAGCCGCCCAAGAUGUCUUUAGCCAAAGAAGACGAGACGAGCUCCCAGGACGACGCCACAGAUGAGAUCAUGGACCGACUCGUCAAGUCUGUUACCCAGAAUCCCUCCGGCAGAUCGUCCAGCCCCAAGAACCGCAAGCGGUCCCGACUGAAUAGGAAGUCACUGAGGAGGACUCUGAAGAGCGGCCUCAGUGUGGACGUGGUUCAGGCUCUGGGACUCAACAACAAGACGGCAGGAGACAGAGUCUGAGCUGCGACUGCAGCUGAUCGAUAAAUCGGCGAACUAUUGAUUACAGAGACUGAACCCAGACCAGCUGAGCGGCUCCAGCAGACGUCGGGAGACGUGCGCUCUGCAUUUGGAGACUCCUCCACCGGCACAUCUGCCGCAGCUGUUCGGACACUUUGAUGUAGAAGUAGUUGUGAGAAGAAUUUUUCCCUCGUGACAGAUUUUUACUGGUUUCCUGCAGCUUUGAAACAUUUAGAUGCUCACGAGGAAAUCUGGACGCAGAGCUGUGGUCUUACUGAGAAAUGAGUUUAAUGUGUCGUUGUCAGGUGUCCGUCCAGAACUGAAAGUGUGAGAGUCGGAUAAAUGAAAUGCGAGCAGAAGCAGAGCAAAGCCUUCGACCUCUCGAACUGCUCCCAUGUUUGUUUUUGAAGUUUUAACUUGAAUCGCCGCUGGCUCUGAAGUGUCACUGUCUGUGUGUCUCUUCCUGUCUGACUCUCGGCUCGAGCUCAUCGAGAUCUCAAAACAGUUUCUGGGUUUGGAACACGUGGCACGCUCGGGCACGCCACCCCGGCUGUUUUAGAAGGCCGGCGGUUUGUUGUUUUGAAAGUUGUUUCUGGGUUUUUUGGUGAUUAGUUUAAAUUGAAACUUUUGGUAUUUUGUUACAUUUUCACUGACUUUAAGAUAACUUUGGGAAGUUCCCCAGUUUAUAGUCU